AUGAGCAACCAGGACUACUACGGAGAGAAGGGCCCCCAACAGCCCCCCCAAUCCUACCAGCAGGGCCCUCCCCAACACGGUGGAGGAUACCCCCAGCAGCAGCAGCAGCCCUACUACGUCCAGCAGGGUCCUCAGCAGGGAGGAGGAGGAGGAGCUUGCGCCGGAUGCCCCUCUGCAGGAGGCUUCUUCGGUAACUGGUGA